ACCAACGAAUAUAUCCAAUUAGAAUUAGAAUAUAAGAUAGUAGAAAAGAAAGGGAAUAAGGAAACCCUUCUUCACUUCUACCUCUAAUCUAGGAAUAGGAAAAAGAUGGGCAGCACUAGUGCGAGUGCCCUCAGGCUAUCGUCGAUGGUCAGCGUGUCCCCGAAUUGCAAUUGCUCAUCGAUGACGCUUAUGAAGAAGACGGCGAUGGCGAUGGCGAUGGCUCCUUUUUCACUUGCAAUGAAAAUCAAAAGCAAAAGGGGUGGUAUUAGGUGCGAGGUGGCUAUUAAUGCGGUGGAUGAGGAGUCGAGGACGUCACCGGAGGAGACGAAGAUCGGAGCGCGUGUGAAGGUGAAGGAGGCGGGUUUGAAGGUGUACCACGUCCCCAAAGUUGGGGAGCUUGACCUAACGGGUCUGGAAGGCGAGAUCAAGCAGUACGUUGGCCUCUGGAACGGUAAGCGAAUCUCCGCCAAUCUUCCUUACAAGGUUCAGUUUCUCACCGACAUCCCCGGUCGUGGUCCUGUCAAGUUCUUUGCCCACCUCAAGGAAGAUGAAUUCGACUAUCUUUAGUCACUGUACUGCACUGCACUUCCCUGCACGUCACUGUUGUUAUGAUGAUUUGAAGAAGGUGUAGCCUGAAUCCUUUCUAAUAUUUUUUAGUAGGUGUCCCUGUACUUGUUGGUAAAAGCAAUGGUAUCCUUCGGCAAAUCUGUCUUUUGAACCUACUAUGAUUUUACUGACCUCGAAAACUCAACUCAACAAUGAUGUUUUGUGCACUUUCAUGUUAUUAGUCUCUACAAACUGGAAAGAGGCAAAUAUUGAUAUUUUGCUUGGUUCUAUUAUUGUCUAGUUACUACGUAGUAGUAAUUCACUUUUAACGUUCCAACUUGUGGUUUUUAAAUUUCAUAUCUGUUGUUCUGUGUUAGCAUUAUAUGGUCUGGUAUGUAACCAAAAAGUUGUAUAAAUUAAUGGGAGAAUACCUCGUACUCAACAUACACUUAUAGGCAAGUAGCUUUCCCGAGUAUUUCUUGCUGA